AUGAACUUCUGGAAAGAUGUUGAAAAGGAUAGAAAUGCUAAGGAAUACGAAGCUACUCUCGAAAAUUUGGAUGUGGAAUUUACCAUUGAGCGUACAUUAGAAUAUAAUGAUUAUAUUAGAGAAGUGGGACAUCGACGCAGGCAGGUCAUGGCUACUUCCGAUGCACCAAGACGAAUUAGAUGUUGCAUGGCACCCGAGUCCAAAAAAGAUGGCGAUCAGUUAAAAUUGUGUCGAAACGCAAUGAGAACUCUAAACAAAUUGUUAAUAACUAUACCAAAGGACCGUGCACGAGUAUAUUUAGUACAAUCUUUUAAUGGGUUAGAUGGGUUUAUCGAAAUUAAAUAUUUAGUUCGGCCAAUUCCAUCGAUAUAUAUACUUCAACGCUUUAAGCGUACCAAAUUACCCGCCUCCUUUGGAGACUUUGAACAAUUCGCUAACGAUCUAAAAGAUCUAAUGAAUUGGCAGGCUGAUGUCCUGUCAACGGUCAGGGUAGUAAAUAAAGCAAUCGCAGUAGAUAAUACAAGAGGAGACAAUAAUCUCCAUUUAACUUCAAUUGAAGAUACACCAUUAAAGAAAAGGAAGGCGGAAAAAAAUCAAACAUCAUCUCCUAAAUCUCCAUGUCCCGGUGGAUCGCCCUCAGAAUUUUCACCAUUGAUUUAG